UGUAAACUACAUAUAUUUUCUGAAACUUAUCUCCAUUCAAUAUUCAAAUCCCUCCGAGUCUCACACAAAAAUCCAAAACAAUGUACUCUUCAUCCGGGGUAUCAACAUGCUUCUUUUUGAUUCCUAUUUUGGUCGUGGUGGCCACACAACUGCUUCUUAUGCGCACUGUUUUGUCCUUGAACAUGACCAAUGCCUAUUUGAACCACAAAUGCUUAACCAAACAAGGGAAGUACAACCCGGGAAGUUGGUAUGAGAGACAACUUGAAAAAAUCAUGGAGUCCAUCGCGAGCGGUGAUGGUUUUAUCCACGGUUACGACAUGAUGGCCCUUAGUAAGGAUUCUGAUUCUGAUUACGUCGGCGUCACCAACCAGUGCCGUGGCGACUCCUUCGGGUCUAAGUGCCGCUCCUGCUUUGCCACCGCCAUUGCAGGGCUUCGUAGGAGAUGUCCGCGUAAUAAGGGGGCAAUGAUAUGGUACGACCAAUGUACUCUCGAGAUUUCUUCGUUCGAUACUCCAGGGAAGAUCGAGAAAGAUAACGACUUCUGUAUGUCCAACGCGAAGAAAAUGAAAGUAGAUUCGUUUGGUGAGAAGUGGCUGUCUUUCCUCGCAAAGCUGGUAGGUAAAGCCAACAACGAUAAGUAUCUGUAUGGGGCUGGGGAUAUAAGGUUCGGGACGAAGAAGUUGUACGGGAUGGUGCAGUGUAGGAGUGACUUAUAUAAUAAUACUUGUGCCAAAUGUGUUGGAUAUUUAGCUGUGAAAUUUCAAGAUUGCUGGCAUGGUAAACAAGGAGCUAGAGUUUUGGGUAGUAGCUGUAACUUUAGGUUUGAGCUUUACCCUUUUGUAAGUAGUAUCAAGUCCGGUCCUAAUCUUCAAAUCUAA